UUAAGAUAAUAAAAUCAUACAAAAUACAAAUUCUAAAAAUGUAUUUAUCUAAUAUUUGAAAUCCCCAAAUAUGCAAACAGUUUGUCAUUGUUUAAGGUUUAACACGCUUUAGAUUCUGUCUACUUUUCUUGUGUGGGAUUUCCAGACAUUUUAAGACAAAUUCCUCAGAAACACUGACGGAGACUCUGAUAAAAUCAGCAUAAUGACCUGCGCAACUCAUACGGGCUUAUGUGUAGAGUGUGAGCACUUCCACCCCUCAUAGCUUUCACAUUCAGCCAGAGAAAAGUCGAGUGAUGUUUACACGUGAGUCGGCUGAUCCAUCUAACUCCGCAUGCAUUACUCAUGGUUCACAGACUUUGUUGUUAAUGGGCCACAGCAGAAAGCUCAGAGGUCAAAGGUUACAUUGUAAACCCACCUCCAUCUUUUCUACGUCAAAGUGUGAGGAGAUGAAAGUAUAUUAGGUGUGCAUGACAGAGAGGAAAGAGUGGGGAAGAUUUCUGAUGGCUUAAUUUGGCUUAGAAAGCAAGAGCAUUCUUCACCGUCUUAAUGCUUUUUUCUUUUUUUCAUAAGCAGGAAUCACAGAGUGCAUUAUUCUGGAAUAGGUCAGGUGCUCUACUCAUGUCGGGUCGGCUCCAGGCAGCCAGAAGAAAUCAACCAAGGACGUAAAACUUCUUCAUUUAGAAAUUCAGCAGCAAGAGUUGUGGGUCACUCCCUCAAUCUCCUAGAGGAAGUCUACAACUUCCAUUUAAGAGUGCGCCUCUUCCUCCUCCUCCUCCUCCUCCUCCUGAGCUUGUGAAAACCUGCAGCCUGUUUGCGGCACUACUAAGCUAGUCAGACCUGUUUGGACCCACCAGACUUUUUAUUUUUGUUUUAAUGUUAUACUAUCAUCAUCAUCAUCAUCAUCAUCCAUCAUCUUGUUGACCACUUCACCAUUGACAGUUGUGGUCCAGUGUGCCAGAGUGAAGAUGUACCUGGAGAAUAAGAGUAAUAUUGAGGUGGAGAUGUCUCAAACCGGAGGCCAGGCUCACUCCAGCAGGGUGGGCAGCAGGAAGUCUGACACUGUGGCUGGCAACUUUGAUGAGUUUCGUCUACUAGAGGGGUUCUCUGGGAAAAGAGAGACCCAGAAAUUGCAGCAGGCUGCAGCCAUGCCCUCGGGACACUGCAUGAUCUACACCAACGUCCAUCAGGAGGAUAGGCACAGCUUCAGCAUGGUAAACCUCCGGAAAGGCAAAUCCAACCAAGCCAACCACACAGAACGGUCACCCCUUCUCACAUUCCCCCAAAAUGACAGUAUAACCUACAUGACACUGCAUGAGCCCAGCCUGGGGUCUGGCGAGGAAUCAUGGGAGGCGAACUCUGCUGAAUUGGAGAGGAGGUGCAGGCUGGGCAGUGAGGUGACCAGUCUUUCUCACACCACAUCCAUGGAGAAAUGUGAACAUUACUUCAAACUAUCAUCCCCCAUCAGAUAUUGCUUAAGGACAGCAACAAUUUUCACCAUCUUCAUCAUUGUUGUUCUCUGUUCACUCUUUUUCAGCAUGUAUCCUGACAGGGAGAGCCCCUGGAGGAUGCUGGCAGUCUCAUCUACUGAGAGCUUCUCCAUGAAUCUUACUGAUUUUCGUGAUAACUCCCUGCUGAAGCUGCAGGUUGGUGGUCCGUUUUUUGGAGAGAUGGAGGCAGUACAAGUGGGCCAGGAGUAUGUUCUCAUCCAAGUGGAGCAGACUGAAGAGGCAGGGCCUCGCCGGAGAAGAGCUCAGCAGGUGCUUUAUAACUGGACUAUACCAUUGCAUUCCCAACGAAGUGACCAAAUUCUGAGAACAAGGACAUUUGAAAUGGUCAGCAGCGCUCCUAUUCUGAUCAGUGUGCAGGCCUUUCUCUUAGACAGUCAGGUGGUCCCUCUGUCCAUGACUCACCAGUCGCUCUAUGUAACCGUGGAAACACAGGUGCUUAUCGCUGGAUUGAUCCUGGCAGGAGUCUAUGUGCUGAUCAUCUUUGAGGUUGUCCACCGCACUCUGGCUGCAAUGUUAGGAUCCCUGGCCGCUCUGACAGCGCUGGCUUUCAUUGGAGAUAGGCCGAGUCUGAUGACUGUUGUGGAAUGGAUUGACUAUGAGACGCUUGCCUUUCUGUUUGGAAUGAUGAUACUGGUGGCUAUAUUCUCCGAGACAGGUUUCUUUGAUUACUGUGCAGUCAAGGCGUAUCAGUUAUCGCGAGGAAGAGUGUGGCCCAUGAUUAUCAUUCUCUGUCUAAUUGCGGCUGUUCUGUCAGCCUUUCUUGAUAAUGUGACAACUAUGAUGCUCUUCACCCCUGUUACAAUCAGGUUAUGUGAGGUGCUUAAUCUGGACCCUAGGCAUGUCCUGAUUGCCGAGGUAAUCUUCACCAACAUCGGAGGAGCUGCCACUGCUGUUGGAGAUCCCCCAAAUGUCAUCAUCGUCUCCAACCAGGAUCUGCGUAAAAAAGGGAUUGACUUUGCGUCCUUUACUGGUUACAUGUUCCUGGGAAUCUGUCUGGUGUUGCUGACCUCAUUUCCUUUUCUGAGAAUGCUGUACUGGAAUAAGAAACUUUACAACAAGGAAUCCAGUGAAAUCGUGGAACUGAAGCAUGAGAUUCUGGUGUGGAGGCAGACAGCCCAUCGCAUUAACCCUGCCAGCCGAGAGGAGACUGCCGUCAAGUGUCUUCUCAUGCAGAAGGUGCUCAAUCUGGAAAGCCUUCUGCGCAAGCAACUCAAGACCUUCCAGAGGCAAAUAUCACAGGAAGACAAAAACUGGGAGCAAAAUAUUCAAGAACUGCAAAAAAAGCACAGAAUAACUGACAAAAUCCUCCUGGUCAAGUGUCUGACUGUCCUUGGAUUGGUCAUCUUUAUGUUCUUCCUGAACUCUUUUGUUCCUGCCAUACAUCUGGAUCUGGGUUGGAUCGCUAUCUUGGGGGCUCUGUGGUUACUGGUGCUGGCUGACAUUCAAGACUUUGAGAUCAUACUUCACAGAGUGGAAUGGGCCACCCUGUUGUUCUUUGCUGCUCUUUUUGUGCUUAUGGAGGCAUUAGCCCAGCUGCAGCUCAUCGACUACAUUGGGGAGCAGACAGCAUUGUUGAUAAAAGCAGUGCCAGAGGAUGAGCGGUUGGCCAUCGCCAUCAUUUUGGUCAUGUGGGUCUCAGCGCUGGCCUCCUCUCUUAUAGACAACAUUCCCUUCACUGCCACUAUGAUUCCUGUGCUUAUAGACCUCAGUCAAGAUGCUGAUGUCAACCUACCAGUCAAACCUCUCAUUUUUGCGUUGGCAAUGGGAGCUUGCCUUGGAGGAAAUGGGACACUGAUUGGAGCAUCUGCUAAUGUAGUUUGUGCUGGGAUUGCUGAACAGCACGGCUAUGGAUUUUCCUUCAUGGAGUUCUUCAGGCUGGGCUUCCCCAUGAUGCUGAUGACCUGCACAAUAGGCAUGUGUUACCUGCUCGCAACUCACAUCGGACUUGGCUGGAACACAUAAACUUUGCCUCUACAUGGGUCGCCAGAAAGACUUUUGGUGUGUCUUCAGGUUUGUGUUUGUGAAGAUGCGAAUCUGUGUCUGUUUUUCUUGGAUGGAUCCAUGAAGGCUUACACAUUGAGACGUUAUUCAUCCUGAGAGACUAAGCUUUACAUGCAGGAGAGGUACGGAGAAGAUAAAACAUGGGAACAUCUGAUCAUCUGCUUUAUUCUUACAAAUUUAUCACACUGCUAUGGUGCUACUGAUGUUUUGUGAUAAUGCAAACAAUGUGAUGAGUGAGAGUUUUUUGGAAAACCUAUUUAUUAUUUGCUCAAAAAAACAUAAUCAGAAAAGUCCUUUUUCUAAACAUUUAUUGAUGUGCAGUUUGGAUUACGAUAUUUUCAUUUUGUGAGAUUUUUGAAAGGGAUCCUCUGUGGCCCACAAUUUUUAAAAUGUAGAAAUUCGAAUGGUUUAGAAUUCAUGAAAUUAAUUAUUUGGUGUCAAAAUAAUGUUAUGCGUAAACUAAAAAAAAUCCCAUCACAGUCUGUAAUUAAUUAGAUAUUAUCUAAUUCACAAAACUGGUCAGCACUGUUUCAUCUGAUUUGUGACCUCAAAGUACAGGUAUAAUAUACACUCACCUAAAGGAUUAUUAGGAACACCAUAAUAAUACUGUGUUUGACCCCCUUUCGCCUUCAGA